UUUUUAGAUGACCGAAGAAUUUAUGGUUGAUGUCUCAAUUGUCGGUUCGGAUAUCCAUACUCUAAAAAAUCGGAGACUAAAAUUCGAUGGAUCUUCACUUCAUAUAUUAGGCCCGAAGGCAGCGGAAACUCGAAUUUUUUCAUGUGAAAAAAUUCUAUACAAACGAAUGAAAAUGACGAAGGAGGGAAAAAUGCUCACGAUCCCAUUGGUUGAGGAAAAUGGCAAACGCGAUGUAAUGAUUAAAUUGAUUUUCACUCCGCCACAUGAUGCAUUCAGGACAUGGGUUGUUAAUGAGUUCAACAAGUUUAUCGAAGAAAACAAAAAUUCGAUGCAGGCCACACAAUCCAAGCGUCCCCCGUCUGCGGCAUCCGGAAGUAGCAGCCGCACGGAAAAAUCCUCAGUUCGUCCAAUUUUCAAUGAACAAAUCUUGAGAGAAGACCACGAGAAAGCUCGACAGCUCUCACGACCAUCAUCACAGGCCACAAAAUCUUCUGAAGUUGCUUCACGCCUCUCAAGUGAUCAAGGUCGAGAGUCUUCGAUUGGGUUGAUGGAUCAAAUGGUUGCAUCCAGUGAUGCGUUUGACUCAUUGAAGAAGGAUAGAAAAAGAAGUCCCGUCGACGCUCUUCAAACAAGUGCUCCGAAAACAAUGAAGCCAAAGAGAUCAGAAGACAUCAAAGACGAAAAACAGCGUGAUGAGAAACCACAAGCAGAAACAGUUUUCAGUGAAAUCUUGGAACCUGCUCAGUCAUCUAAACGGUCAGAAUCACCUCUCCUGUCUUCAGAUGUUUUUUUGAGAAAGUUGCAUGAAAAUAGACAAUUAGUAAACACUGGGAACUCGUGUUACUAUAAUUCAACAAUGCAAGCUGUUUCAUCAUGCAAUCCGCUGGUUAUUCGUUGUGAACAACUUUAUCGUAUGGUUCGAGACAAUAUCGAAUUGUUUGAUGACUCAAUGAACAACGAUCAGGCCGAUAUCAAGAGAAAAUACAUCGUUCUUCAGAACUUCUUAAAAGUCGUUAUCUGCUUAGGAUGGCACUUCAAUAAGCGGAACGAGGGAAAGUCUAUCGAAUUGCGUAGAUAUGAUUUGCUUCAAUAUCGUCAGAAUGUUGGGAAGAUCAAUGAAGAAUUCAAUAAUGACGACCAACAAGAUGCUCACGAGUUUUUACUAACUCUUAUCGGAGCUGUUGACGACGCAAUGGGAGUCAUGUCGAAAAAUGUAAAGACAAUCGAUAAUGUUGGAAUAACACUCAAUCCAGCAAGGGCUUUCAAGAUUGAUGUGGAGACAAUGUAUGUAUGCCAAGGAUGUAGCAAUGAGGAACUGAAGGUCGAUUCACGAAAUGAUUUGGGAGUUUCUGUGAUGGAUGGAUGUUCGGUGCAAAAACUGGUUUCGUCGUUUGUUAAAUGGUCUCCGAUUGAGAAAGAAUGCUCGUCAUGCAAGCACAAAAUAUCUUCAUCAUGCGAAAGGAUAUCAACAUUUCCAGAAUGUCUCAUUAUCAAUUUGAAGAGAUAUGAGCUGGAAGGACAAGGACCUCCUUUUUCGAUGAAAAAGAAAAGUUGCCGGGUCGAACCAUCAUUCAAGCUCGACGUCUCUUCAUUGGGGAACUUUCCGCCAGUGGAGCAUCCUGAGAUGUUUGAAAACAAGGAGUAUUCUACUACGGAACCGGUUAAUUCAGAAGACUCUAGACUUGCCGAAAUUACGACGGACGAUGCUCAUUUUAACGAUUCUCGUGUAUCAGGCAGGCUGCUUGGUGGAGCCGAUGAAGAAAUGUCGCAAUGCUCUGUUAUCGUAGAAGAUGUGAAAAAGCGGAAAGAGUUAUAUUUCAAUAUAUUUUCAAAUGAGAAGGAUUUUGAUGAUAUUCUUGAUGAAAUGGGCAUCAACAAUGGUGAAAACCAGAAAAGAUUUCAUUUCGAGAGACACAUAACUGGGCCUCCAUCAAAAAUGUAUCAAUUUCAACUCCCUGGAGCCACACGAGGAAUUACACCAGACGGAAAUUGCUUUUAUCGUGCGAUUUCGUGGUGGAUUACCGGAGUUCAAUCGCAUCAUAUGAUCUUUCGCGAAGCAGUCGGCAAGCAUCUCAAGAAGAACGAAUUAAUGUUCAAAAAGUACUGUCAUAAUGAGAUAUACGAGAAGUACGUUGAGAAUGCAAUGCGUGAUGGAGUUUGGGCGACAACUUGUGAAAUUUUCGCUAUGGCCAAUAUGCUCAACGUUGAGAUUAUAACGUAUCUUGGAGAUAGUGGAUGGGUACCUCAUUCCCCACAAAAUAAUUAUCCACCAAGAAAAGGAGCUAUAUAUUUGAAGAAUACAAAUAUGCAUUAUGAGCCUACAACUUCAUUGAGAAAGAAUUCACCAGAAAGGUCGCCAAUGAAAAAAGAAAACACUAAUGGGAGUUCAAUGCAUGAUGAGCUGGAUGAAAAUGAUUAUUUGAAAAGCGAUAUUCAUCCUGGAACAUAUUCAUUGGUUGCUGUCGUGUGUCAUCUCGGAGAUUCGCCAAAUAAAGGACAUUAUGUAGCUUAUACAAAAGAAUUGUAUAAGAACUCAAGUUGGCUCCGCUGCUCUGAUGAUAAUAUAUAUGCUGUUUCAAAGAACGAUGUCUCCGAAGCUAUCCGAUCGUCCGGAUAUCUUAUGUUUUAUGAACUCCAGUAGAAAUUAUUUUUCCAUGUUUCUUUUCUCUUUUUCUAUGGUUAGAAUGAUUUCAUACACUUCUCUGCGUGUCAUAAUUCGUCAAAUAAUGGUUUGUAAAAUGUUAAAUGUUCCCCCGUGUUAAAUCCCCAUUCCCGUAUUAACUUAAUUUUUCUUUGAUCUAUAGAAUUUUAUAUAAAAUUUUUCAGUUUA